GGUGCUGAGCCCUGGGGAUGGAGCGGCCGGCGAGUGUGGCAAUGGCAGAGAAGCAGAACCCGGUGGACUACGGCGUCCAGAUCCGCUUCAUUAACGACCUGCAGGAGCCCCGGCGACCCCCGAAGGCACGAGCAAAGCCCGGCUCCUACGGGGUGGCCGUGCGGGUGCAGGGCAUCGCCGGGCAGCCCUUCGUGGUCCUCAACAGCGGCGAGAAGGGCAGCGACUCCUUCGGGGUGCAGAUCAAGAGCGACGGCUCAUUCCCGACCCCCGGCACCGGCCCCUGGCCCUCCGGCUCCAUCAGCUCCGACUCGGACCUGCCAGAGAACCCCUAUGGCCGGCGCCAGCCGCAGCACGGCUCCUCCUACAGCACCUCGGACGAGGAGCCGAGCGGUGCCCCAGCCCCCCGGCCGGAGCCCAAACCUCUGCCGGGCAAGCGGCUGCCCCGGGAGGAGCUGCGGAGGACACAGUCCCACGGGGAUCUGCUCCUGGCCGCUGCGGAUGAGCCCUCCGGUGCCGGCGCUCCCCGCAGCACCGGUGCCCGGCAGCACCGGGCUCCGGCCGGCGGCAGGAGCAGCAGCUUGUUGAACAUCGCACCGGAGCGGAGCAAAGCCAAGGAGCCUUCCUCAGACACGGAGGCUGCGGUGGGCGCCGGUAGCAGCGAUGUGGACACCAAACCCCUCUCCUCGGUGGAUUCGCUCAUCAGUAAAUUCGACGGGAAGGUGCAGCAGCAACGAGGGCGCUCAGCCAGGAGGGGCCGGGUCCCCUCGGAGGAGAGGAAGCGCUCGCAGAGCCUGGACAGCCGCAUCUCGCACCGCGAUGCGCCGGAUGCCAGGGAGCUGAGCAGCGCCCAGCGCCAGGCCGGUGCCCUUCGCCCGCAGCCCUCGGUGCCCACCGGCAGCCUGAGGCGCCCGAGCGGAGCCGGGGGGCUGGAGGAUGCAGGGAUGGGGAUCCAGCGGGUGAACAGGGGCGUGGAGGAGCCGGCGGCUGAGCGGCUGCAGAGCAAAGCCCAGGCAGAGCUGCAGCUUAAAUCCACCCCAGACCUGCUGCGGGACCAAGGGGAGGUCGCCCAGCCCGGCAGCAGCGAGUACCCCAAGGAGCUCAUCUACAGCAUCUUGAAGGAGGGGAGCACUGAGAACGAGAUCUCCCUCAAGAGGAAAACUGUCCGGCUGCUUGAGAAGAUGCAGGAGCUGGCGUCACCUGCAGAGGACGAGGCGUGUUCCCAGCCCCUGCACAGAGACUUGGCCAGGAAGGUGGAGGAGCUGCAGGAGAAGCUCGAUGAGGAAACGAAGCUCCGCCAGAAGCUGGAGCUGUCCCGGGAGGCGGCGCGGGUCGGUCCCGCUCGGCCGCAGGAGGCUGAAGGGGAGAUCCAGCGGCUGCGGGCGGCUCUGGAGAGGACAAACCAGGAGCUGCAGAGGAGUCUGCAAGAGCUAAGCAAGGUGAAAACAGCCAAGGAGCAGGCGGAGGCUCAGCUGGGCGACUGCGAGGAGCGGCUGCUGGCCACGACCCGGGAGCUCGACCGCUUGCGCAAGGGCUCCGGUGCGGCCCCUGCCACCGAAGCCCUGUACAAGGAGCUGCUGGAGACCAGGGAGGAGCUGGAGGAAGCCCUGAGCUCCAGGCAGCGGCAGGAGGAGCAGCUGCGGCUGCGGGAGCGGGAGCUGACGGCGCUGAAGGGAGCCCUCAAGGAGGAGGUGGCCAGUCACGACAAGGAGCUGGACCGCGUCCGGCAGCAGUACCAGAGCGACAUGGACCAGCUGCGGCGCAGCAUGGAGGACAUCUCCCAGGAUCAGGCCAACCUGGAGUCUGAGAGGCAGAAGAUCAACACUGUGGUGAGGAACCUGCAGCGGGAGCUGGAGGAGAGCGCAGAGGAGACAGGGCACUGGCGGGACAUGUUCCAGAAGAACAAGGAUGAGCUCCGCAGCACCAAGCAGGAGCUGCUGCAGGUGAAGCUGGAGCGGGAGGAGUUCGAGGAGGAGCUGCGGGAGCUGCGGGAGCGCUUGGCGGCCGCUCGGGAGGACGCGGAGCAGGCGCGGAGCAGCACGGUGGAUCCCAGUGCAUUGGAGGCGCUGCGGAAGGAGCUGCGGCAGGCGCGGGAGGUGCAGCGGGAGCUGACGGCAGAGAAGCAGAGCCAGGAGGAGCUGCUGCGGCAGCGGGAGCAGGAGCUGUCAGCACUGAAGGGCUCCAUGCGGGAUGAGGCCACCAGCCACGAUGAGGAGCUCGAGCGGUACCGCAGGGACCUGCGGCAGCUGCAGGAGGAGCGGGAUGAGGCCACCAAGGCAAAGGCAUCCCUGGAGAGCACACAGGAGGAGUUGGAGCAGGCAAGGAAGAUGGUGGAGUCCACCCUGCGGGAGGUGCAGGAGCAGAACGAUGACCUGAGGAGGAAGGUCCUUGGGAUGGAGUCACAGCUGAAAGAAUAUGAGCGCAUGGGCGAGAACUGGGAGGGCUCCCAGGCACGGCUCAAGGAGAAGGUCACCAAACUGGAGGCAGAGCGCAGGCAGAUGGAGGAUUCAUUGGGUGAAGCCAUGGAGCGGGAGCAGGAGCUGCUGAUGGCCAAGAGGUCACUGGAGACCCGGCUGGAGGAGGCUCAGCGCAGCCUGGCCCGGCUGGCGCAGGAGCACCAGGAGCUCAGCGCAUCCUACCAGGAUGAGCAGCGGCAGAAGGAGCAGCUCAAGCGAGCCAAGAACGAGCUGGAGGAGCAGAAGCGUCUGCUUGACCGCACCACGGAGAAGCUCAACAAAGAGCUGGAGCAGAUGACAGCAGAGUCACAGAGCUCACUGACUGUGCUCAAGUCACAGCUGGAGGAGUUCAAGGAGAAGUCACGGAAGGAGAUCACGGACUCCCAAAAACAAGCCAAGGAUCGGGGCGCUGAGGUGGAGAAGAUGCAGUUCAGCAUGGGGCGGCUGCAGGACGAGGUUGCCCGGCUGAAGCAGGCGCUGCAGGACAGCCAGGCCGAGCGGGAGAGCGUGGUCCUGGACAAGGAGGUGCUGCUCCAGCGCCUGCACAACCUCGAGCAGGAGAUGGAGUCCAAGAGGCGCUCGCAGGACGACCGCUCCCGGCACGUCAAGGCGCUGGAGGAAAAGUCCAAGCGCCUGGAGGUGGAGCUGGAUGAGGAGCGGAGCACAGUGGAGCUGCUGACAGAGAGGAUCAACCGGAGCAGAGACCAGAUGGAGCAGCUGCGGGCAGAGCUGCUGCAGGAGCGCUCCAGCCGGCAGGACCUGGAGUGUGACAAGGUCUCGCUGGAGAGGCAGAACAAGGAGCUGAAGAGCCGCCUGGCCAGCUCAGAGGGGCUGCAGAAGCCCAGCAGCAACAUCUCACAUUUGGAGGCGCAGGUGGAGGAGCUGCAGGACAAGCUGCAGGCGGAGGAGAGGGAGAAGAGCGUCCUCCUGUCCUCCAACCGCAAGCUGGAGAGGAAGGUGAAGGAGCUGACCAUCCAGAUCGACGACGAGCGGCAGAAUGUCAGCAACCAGAAGGACCAGCUGAGCCUGCGGGUGAAGGCCCUGAAGCGUCAAGUAGAUGAGGCAGAGGAGGAGAUUGAGCGGCUGGAGGGCGCCCGCAAGAAGGCACAGCGGGAGCUGGAGGAGCAGCACGAGCUCAACGAGCAGCUCCAGAACCGCAUCAAGGCACUGGAGAAGGAGGCUUGGCGCAAAGCCGCCCGCUCCACCACUGAUUCCUCCCUGCAAGACGACCAGCUCAGCUCAGACGAGGAGUUUGACAGCGCCUACGGACCCUCCUCCAUUGCCUCACUGCUCAAUGAGGCCAACCUCCAGACCAGCUCCUGCUGAUGCCACCAGCCCUGCCACAGCCUGGAGCGGAGCCCCAGAGCUGGGCAAUGGAGCAGCCAGGGAUGCUGCUGCUCCAUGCAGAAACUCUUCGAACACCAAUGACAUGAAGGCAAAGCAGUGGCUGGGGAGUCUCCCCUCAAACACUCUCUUGCCUCUUCAUCUUCAUACGGGUCUCAGGGUGCAUUUGCACUGUGGUUUUCGUCAGUGGGGGGCUGCUCCCCACAGCCGGCGUGCCCCUCGGUGGCUGGGUCUGGCCAGGGGGGUGCUGAGGGCAUCCUGGGUUGUUUUAUAUGCAAUUGCCCCUCGUCCCCUGCUGCCUUUUCCCUCCCCACUUGGGGUUUUAAAUAAAACCGAGAGGUUGAA